UUCCCAAGUAACACUGGUACUGGUGUAGCAGUACUAACAACUACCUAUAGAUUCUACCUAGCUUCGUCAAUACAGGAUCCAAGGGUGCGUAAACUAUUUGAUGUUGUUGAGCUCCCUCAUUUUAUGGCCUGGUGUCCAAUACAGAAUGACAGACAAAAUAAGUUGUUGGUCGGCCGUGGAUCUGAACUCAUUCUUCUUACGCAUAACGAUAUGACAGUGCUAGAUAUCCAGAUUGAUGCUUCUCCUGGAAGUCAGGCUUCUAUAACUAAAGUUGUGACUAGUCCUAGUCAAUCUAAUAUAGCUGUAGUCACAGAUACAGGACUACUCUGGAUGGGAACUACGACAAGGAAGCUGAGUCAUUACCAGUUAGAUGCUGAGGUUAUUUACCUAGCUUGGUGUGGAGAAGACGCUGUUUUUAUCUCUCUCACUUCCGGCCUUGCAAACCUUGUUCAUACCAGCGGAGUAGUGGAAGUUAUGUAUGGUAUAUCCCCUAUUGCUGUAACACAGGAAUGUGACGGAGUUAGAGUUUUAUCCAAAGGUUUUCACGAUCUCAUUCAUAAGGUGGAAGAGCCCGUUGCAGAUAUUUACAAGAUUGGUUCAAUGACUCCGGGAUCUAUUCUUCUUAUGGCAUCACAGGCAUUCUCAUCUAAAUCCCACAAAGCUGAUGAUUAUAUCAGAAUGAUUCAAGCAAGACUCGACCAGGCAGUAUCUCAAUGUAUAUCUGCAGCUGGAUCUAUGUUUCAACCUUCACACCAGAAGGAAUUAAUGAGAGCUGCGAAGUUUGGGAAUUCAUUUAUCCAGGGAUUUGCCGGUGACACAUUCCACCAGCAAUGCCAGACUCUUAAACUAUUGAAUGCAGUUCGUUAUUACAAGAUCGGUAUUCCGCUCACCUCCACCCAGCUCUCUUCUCUCUCUAGAUCUGUUCUAGUUGACAGGAUCAUAAACCGUAGGCUCUUCCCUCUAGCUCUAGAGAUAUGCGACUAUCUUAAACUCAGUCCAAGUGAGGGCAAGAAUAGAGUACUAGGACACUGGGCCUGUUACAAGGUGGAAACUUCGACCGCCGACGAGGCCGAGACAGCUAGACAGGUUAGUUCCAAGCUAGGAUUAAACGCUGAUAUCUCGUAUAGUGAUGUAGCGGGUAGAGCAGCUGAGGUUGGUAAGAAGCGUUUAGCAGUUCAGCUUCUAGAACACGAGAUUAGAGCAGAUAAACAAGUUCCUCUUCUUCUCAAGUUGGGACAAGGAGCUCAAGCUUUAAGCAAGGCUGUGGAUAGCGGGGACUCAGAUCUAAUCUACCACGUGAUAUUAAACCUGCAGGAGCAGCAUUCAACUGCUGAUUUUCAUAUGAUCAUUCGAGGAGUUGAUCUAGGAGCCAGGUUGUACAGUAAAUACUGCCGCCAGCAUAAUCCAGCAGCUCUACAGAGUUGGUUACAACAAGAAGACGACUGGAACUCAUUAGCUAGGCAGAGUGUUAUAGAGAGCUAUUCGUCUACUAGAAUAGAAUCACGUCUUUCAGCUCUAGUAACAGCUCAAGAUUACUACAAGAGAUCUAGAGCUGAGUUUAAUCUGACUGCUACUGAAGAGACAAGUCGACUACUUAAUCAUCAAUCUAAACUAGAAGAAAAACUGGGCAGGGCGUACAUGAAUAAGAGUCUCCACGAGACCAUCUCCCAGUUGCUGGAGGAGGGGGAAAUAAAGCUAGCAGAUAAACUGAGAUCAGAGUUCAAACUCUCAGAUAGGAAAUAUCUUUGGCUCAAAGUCAGAAGUUUCGGAGCUAGCAAGCAGUGGGACGAACUUUCAAAUUUAGCUAAGAGUAAGAAAUCUUUAAUUGGAUUUGGUCCGUUUGUAGACGCCUGUAUUCAAGGUGGUGCCAAAGAAGAAGCACACAGAUUUGUCUCUCUGAUACCUCCUGAGGAGAGACUGCAGUACCUAAUGAAGCUGGAUAUGUAUUCUGAAGCUGCAGACCUCGCAUUCCAACUGAAGAAUAUGGAGGCGUUGAGUGUGAUAGAAGUUAGAUCUGUGAAGAACUUCUCUGUCUUAGAGAAAGUAGCAGGAUACAAACAGAAACUUCAGACUUUGAGAUAGAAACAAGUUUUCAAAUCAAAAAUAUGUUUUACUAUUUGAAUUUUACUAUUUCCAAACCUACAAUUCAAUUUAGGAAUAAAGAUUAUUCAACUAAUUGUGAUACAAUACAUGGUGUAAAGAUUA